GUGACGCCGUCCAAAUAAACCUUCCAUCUCAUUUUCUCAGCUGCCACCCCACGCGCAAUCCUCAUGUAAUCAAUACCCUUACCACUCUAUCCUCUCUUAAUUCCCUCUUCUUCAUCUACUCAUCUUUUUUUCAUCUAAAGCUCCAUGCUCCAUGCAUAUAAAUACAUUUAUUAGCCUCUCUUUUUCUUCAACAAAAAUUUAUAUUCACUGCAUUCUUCCUGUCUACCUCCAUCCAUCUCUCUCUCUCUCUCUCUCGAUCGAUCGAUCGAUCGAUCGAUCGACCUCUCUUUGGAUCUCAAUCUCUCAAUCUCUCAAUCUCUCAGAAACAGAAGCUUCAAUCUCCUGAUAUUUUCUCUUUGGCCAGAGCAAAGACACACAGCAGCAAUACAUUUAUUUAUUUUCCUGCUCGGAGACCAGAAGAUUGUUAAUGGAUCACAUGGAGUCUUGUGUUCCACCAGGCUUUAGAUUUCACCCGACGGAAGAAGAACUUGUGGGUUACUACCUGAAAAGAAAGAUCAACUCACUACAAAUUGAUCUAGACGUCAUUAUUGACAUUGACCUGUACAAAAUUGAACCUUGGGACAUACAAGCAAGAUGCAAGCUAGGUUACAGUGAACAGAAUGAGUGGUACUUCUUCAGUCACAAAGACAAGAAGUACCCAACCGGAACUCGGACAAAUAGAGCCACGGCUGCCGGAUUCUGGAAGGCAACAGGAAGGGACAAGGCAGUGCUUUCAAAGAACAACAUUAUAGGAAUGAGGAAAACCCUUGUGUUCUACAAGGGACGAGCACCUAACGGGAACAAAACUGACUGGAUCAUGCAUGAAUAUCGCCUCCAAACAUCUGAACAUGCACCCCCUCAGGAAGAAGGAUGGGUUGUAUGCCGGGCAUUCAAGAAGCCAAGCCCUAGCCACAGGCAAGGUUUUGAAGCAUUGAAGCAUGCUUACUAUAUCAGAGAACAUAACAGCCAUGCUUCAUCUUCAAAUUUUGGGAGUGAGAUGCAUAUGGUGAACCCGAGCCAAGGUUUUCAAUAUCAAUCCUUUGGUUUGGAUCAGCAAGAUCAUCUCAUUUCAAACCAUAUUUUCAUGGGCAACCAAAUCAUAGAACUUCCUCAACUAGAGAGCCCAAGCAUUUCAACAAGCUUGACCAACAAACAAAGUGUGCAUGAGCAGCAGAACAAUAAUAUAACCACUGAACACUAUGACGACCAAAGGAGCAACAUGAAUAGCAGUGAUCAGCACAUAGAUUGGAGAAAUUUGGACAGCUUACUUGAAGUGCCAUUGAUACCCCAAAAUUAUGAGCAAGAAGCUCAAAACCACCAUCUUCUUGGAUGCUUUCCUGGCUUGUAACAAGAAGAUCCAUGGGCUCAUCAGCAAAUUCUUGAUAAGUUGAUGGAUCAAUCUUUUUUUUUCUUUUUUCUUUUUUUUUUAAAAAGAGAAAAGAAAUACAUGUAUGUAUUUAUGUAAGCUGAUGAAUUCAUCCUCCUAAUAAUCCAACCCAUGUCUAAGUCUCAGGACAAGGUUAAAGCUAUAUGUCGAAGUGUUUGGGCCUCAGUUUUACUAUGGGGCAAAUAUAUAUGGCUGGAGGAGGAUUAAUA